CGUCCAUCUGUAAAGCGGCAGAUGACCCCAACCUCCAGCCCCCAGGCUCAACCACUCGAUCUUUCACGUGCCUCCUCACUCUCAACGCGAAAUAGCGUAAGGUCGGCCCCAAAUCAGGUAGCAGUUAAGUCGCAACAUCGCAGAGCCACUACAGACCUCGGCAACGGGGAAACACCUCAUGAAGGUUUUCCACGACGGUCGGCCUCCCUCACACAUAAUACUGCACCCCAACACUUGGGGGAUUCUCCUGGAACUGCGAGAUCAAGAUCCAGGCGUGCAGCCAAAGUAGUAACCAUACAUCCUCUUCCAGUGAAAGGCAGCACUAGUGUGAGUCUUAUGAGCGUCGUUGAAGAUGUCGCACGACAGAAUCGCACUGGUCGGGGUGCCACAACUCCGGGCUCAUCGAGUCCACCUCCAGGUACAACAAAACUUGAGGUCCCGCGUGCCCCGAUACCAGGUGUUCCUACCAAUGCGACGUGGUCCUCCAAAGUUUCAGAUGAUCGACUUCCUGUCCGCUCAGGAUCAUUGGACAUUCCCCGCGCACCAGGGUCGGUUUUUUCUGCAUCUCAGUCCUUCCCAGUUGUUUCAGGUGCACACGGAACAGCGAGACCUAAACACGAAACUGCACCUCGUCGUCCGUCUACAGGAAAGGGGAGUGGUCCAGCUGCAGCUUCUGGAAGCGAAUCCAGAAAAACCUCUCGACCAGCUGUAUCGCCUCUUCGUUCAGCUCUUCGAAAUUCCAGCCGUACACCAUCGCCCAGCCCAGCCCAAUUAUCAGAGAUGCAAAAGCGAGGAGCUGUUUUGCGCGCUGAGGAUAGUAAGCCUCGUGGACGAACACCAGAGCGGGAUGAACCCGAGGAGCGCACUCCAAGACCAGCUCGGCCUGGGCAAGCCAGUGAACUGAAUGAUAUUUCGAUAAGAGAUUCAGUUUCGAUGAUAUCAAUAUCAUCCUAUAGAACGGCGGAGGAAAGUCCUAUCGAGGGAGGGUCAACUCCCCCGGCUCCGCAACAUGACACUGAGUCAUCCACAGUCUCCACUGAAACACCGACAAGACGGAAGAGUGUUCGGGUAUCUCUUCAGCCGACAUUCUCUCCUACUCCACCUGCUCUGGAAGAUGAUGAAACCCAUGGCCGUUACCCCUGGAGCUCAACGAAGGAUAGUGACAAUCGCGAUGAAUCCAGAGAACCCGUCAUAUGGCAAGACUCAAGCGACGAAGAUGAGGAGUACAGUCGUGCACGGAAACUACUUAGUAGAGCCAGUAAGAAAGGUAAAGGGAAG